AUAGCAUUUUCAUGCUAAAACAUCAUUUCUUGUGUUGCGAGAAAAUAAAAACAUGUUAAUUUAAUCCAUUUUCCUCUCCUCUAAACCGCUCAGAGAUUUUCUUUGGUCUUUUCUGACACCAAAUGGCGAAGGAAAUGAGGUGGGAUCCGAAACUGUUAUCACUUCACAAACGCACUCAUGUCUUUGUGAAGUUUGCUGUCUCAUUUCUCUUAUUGGGUCUCGCUUUCCGCCUUUUCUCCUCUGAUUCAACCGGAGUUUCUUCAGUGGUCGAGACAACCCCUCUUGCAGAGCAAAAGGCAGAGUCCCCUGCGGUUUCUCUUCCCAUUCAGGCGCCUGUUUCUUCCGUUUUUCCUGAAAAUGAGAACCAUACAUCUGAGAAUGUUGCAGCGAAAUGUGACAUUUUUACGGGAGAUUGGAUAGCUGACGAAUCAGGUCCAGCUUACACCAAUGAGAGCUGCCAUGUGAUUGAAGAUCAUCAAAAUUGUCUGAGGAACGGGCGGCCCAAGUUAGAUUUCCUUUACUGGAGGUGGAAUCCGCGGGACUGUGAAUUACCCAGGUUCAAUCCUCAGAGAUUUCUACAUCUUAUGAGGAACAAGUCAUGGGCCUUUAUUGGUGAUUCCAUUUCGCGUAACCAUGUGCAGUCAUUGCUUUGCAUCCUCUCUCAGGUGGAACGAGCUGUUGAGGUCUACCACGAUGAGGAAUACCGGUCCAAACGAUGGCGCUUUCCUGCUCACAACUUCACCCUUUCAGUAAUUUGGACCCCUUUCCUCAUAAAAGCAGCUAUCUUUGAGGACAUGAAUGGAGUUUCUUCGUCGGAAGUCCAGCUUUAUCUGGACGAACUUGAUGAACAAUGGACCGAUCAAUAUAAGGAUUUUGAUUACGUGGUAAUUGCUGGCGGAAAAUGGUUUCUCAAGACAGCAAUUUACCAUGAGAACAACACCGUCGCAGGCUGUCAUUACUGCCCUGGAAAGAACUUAACGGAGCUAGGAUUUGACUAUGCAUAUCGCAAGGCGCUUCAUCGGGUUCUCAACUUUGUCACACGGAAUGACCAUAAGGCGUUUGUUUUCUUGAGAACCACCACGCCGGACCACUUCGAGAACGGAGAAUGGUUCAGCGGAGGGUACUGCAAUAGAACUGUUCCAUUCAAAGAGGGUGAGGUUGAAAUGAGGGGUAUAGACUCUAUAAUGCGUAACAUUGAGUUGAAAGAAUUUGAGGAAGCUGCGGCAGUAGGAUCUGAAAAUGGGGUGAUCUUGAAGCUAUUGGAUACAACCGGCCUUUCAGUGUUGAGGCCUGACGGGCACCCUGGUCCGUACAGGCAAUUCCAACCUUUUGCCAAGGAAAAGAGUGCCAAAGUUCAGAAUGAUUGUCUACAUUGGUGCCUGCCUGGGCCAAUAGACUCUUGGAAUGACUUGGUGAUGGAAUUGCUGGUGAAUGGUGAAAAAUAUAGAUGAUCAAUUUUGUUGGCCUUGGGUUGUCAAGAACCCUGUCUCGUUGACUUUCGAAAAUUCGAGGGAGAUUGUCUUGCCUGCCGUCUGAAAAUAUCCUCUAUUGUAUCUUCCACGAACAGUUUUACCAUAACUUAAUCGUUACAUUUAUAUUACAGAAACCACCAAAGUACAAAAUACAUAUCAUCAGAGUAAAUUGAUGUGAAUAUUUCUGAUUCGUUGAA